AUGGCCUUCUGGAAUGCUACGCAGCAUUCGCCACUAGAAUCUAACCAACUUCAGCUACUUGGUGACAAAAUUGUGUGUUCGGAUGUGUACCUGAAUAUUGAGAGACUUAAUGUCACAUUGGCAGAGCAGAACAUCCCACUUGCUAUAUGCGUUGCUUAUGUUGGUCAACUUGCUGUCCACCUCCUGUCAGGGAAGUUGGAAUUCAUCGAUUUAGAAGUUGUUGUCCAAACGACACUGCAUAAUUUCUCGUCUCAAAACGACGGAAUGUUUAACUCGCUCAUAUCAAGCGUCACCGCCUUAGCCUUUGCGGCAGCAUCUGUUGCUGAUGGGGAUACUGUGGUCGAACCUCCCGCCGCCGACUCGCAAUGCGUUGAGAAAAUCGUUCAGAAAGUUGACACCCUUAUGCGCAAUCUGGGUAACGCUGAUUCUACCGCCCCUUCGUUAGUGGACGACGUCGUGAUUGAGCGCGCAGCUCGUCUCAUCGACAUUCUUUUCUUGGGAGCAACGGUGGUGCUUCGUGACCUCCGCCUCCGAGUUCAGUGUCCCCUUGCUUUAAACGGGGCUCACAGAGUCUGCGACCUUCGGUUACAAAUUCAAAUUCUCGAAAUCACCAAUGGUGAGGGUACGGAUGUCGAAAGUGCCCAGUCUUCAUCAUCAUCGACUACUAUCCCAACUUCAGUGACCUCGCCACACCACGAACAUCGCAGGGAAUGUCCCAAGACAUUGCCUAAGCCAACAUCACCAGCAGCAGUUGAAAAUAAAGGGGGUGGAGGCAACCUUUGGUCGUGGUUUUGGUCAAAAACGUGGAUUUUUGGGCUAGGUUCCACUUCUCUUAAAUCACCGGCUAACGGAGGUGCUGAAGGUAGCUUAGGAUCUUCACCAUUUGCUCAGAAAUUGUUUCGUUUUGAGGGCGCUACACUUCACUGGGAUCUUUGGGAUACCAGUAUUGGUCAAACUUCUCCUCUUCUGUCGUCGUCUUCCACAAAGUCUACCUCCGUUUCCUCUCCUUCUACCUCUAUUCAUGACAGUAUUAGCUUAAAUGAUGGCUUCUUCUCCGGUCCUGAGCCCGAAUCCAUGGUAGCCUCAGCUUGUCUUCUGAGCCUUCUGGGUCCCGACAACUAUGUUGCCCUUCACAUACGUCAUGAUUCCACCAUUCUCUCGCGCAUAAUUUCUUCGUCUGCUCAAACCUCUUCACCAACACUUAUAGAUGUCAAUGUAGAUCUGGGUCCUGUUGUCGCCUGCUUGUGCCCCACUCAGAUAUUUUGGCUUGGUGCUAUGGUAACGCAGUUGACAAAACUGUUUCAAGCUUACAACACUGUACAGAAGGCGAGGCAUCAGGUUGACGGGAACUCCACCCCCAGUAAUAUGGAUAGUAGUGAUCCAAAAGCUGGUCCACUUGUUGAUCUCGAUAUCUCUGUGGAGGAUGACAGCAUGACGUCAAUCGACAGUAACAUGUUUCGGUCAUGUCUGGGAGCUAGCAGUUUUCCCUUCCUCGAUGAAGCUCCUCCCUUUACCGACUCCCCACCUUUCUCUGUAUGUGCCCGAUGCCGCCUCUUUACAUUGACGCUCUUCCACACAGACGAAGCCGCUUCAUUUUCCACAACCUUUGGACCUCGUAGCAUCAGUAUUGAUAGCAGUGGUGGUGAGGAAAGCUUUCAUGAGGCCAUAAGCACAACUCUGGAUUCUGAACCAGCUCAAGGCACAUUAAAGAAUCAGAAUGACUUCUUUGCCACAGUUUCUGGUGCAGACGGUGGUGUUAGUGGUGUACUUGCUGCCAAACGAUCGGUUGGGGUGGCGCAGUGGCUGGAAAAUGUGAAUGCAAAGUUGGCACAGUGUACUCAGGGUAGAAACCACUUGCUCCUCUCGCUGGGAUUCUGUGAGUUGGAGGGAAGCCCAUUUAUUAAGCAAAUGGUGGAGCUAGGUGAAGAUACUGGAAGGGAGACAAUUUUCCCACCUCGAGGACUGUUGACCUGUCGAGUGGAGGGCCUACUUCUUAGCGAAUCUCUCUUCUCUCAGGAUGGAUCAUCACCACCUCAUAUUGUUAAUGGUCUGCUUAAAUAUGACACAAUAAUUAAUGCAACCGAGCCUUCUAUUCCCGGUUCUGUGGCAUUUACUGCGGUGGGAAAAGAAUAUUCCCUUCGUUUACUCUUUGGAAAGUGGGAAUUUUACAAAUGUCGAUUUCGUACCCCCACAGUGGCAGACAUCCAACCCACUCCUUUUUUUGAGGCAUUCAUUUCUUCGUAG